AUGGAGGACCAAAUCUCAAAGAAUUAUGCAGAAACUGUGUCCAAUUUCUUUGUGAAACAAUAUUAUCAAACACUUGAAAGAUUACCGGACGAGCUUUAUAGGUUCUAUAAGGAUUGCAGCACCCUCGGCUGGCCUCACACCGGUGGGAUUGUGACACCGGUCACGACUUUGAGGGAGAUCAAUGACAGGAUUAUUUCAUCGAACUUUGUGAAAUCAUCUGUCAAGAUCACGUCCGUCGUUGCGCAAGACUCUGCCGAUGGAGGUGUUCUUGUUGUGGUGAUCGGAGUGUCGACCGGGGAAGAUGAAGUAGAGAGAAUUUUUAGCCAGACGAUUUUUCUAGCUACUCAACCAAGUGGCUAUUUUAUUCUAAACGACGUUCUUCGGUUUAUCACUCCUUGUGAGCUCAAGACUGAUAUGACUGUGAAUGGAAACAAUUCAAUAAUAGAUCAAGUUGAAACUAUUGCAGAGAAUUCUGCUGAAGUUGACGAUGUGAUCAAUGAUGACAAUGUUAAUUCUGAUCCGGCUUUCGGCGACCAUGUCAAUCUAAUCAAAACUAAUAACGAUGAAAUCAACAAAGGGUCCGAGGAAGAAACUAAUCUUUUGAUGGCUGAAAAAGGGGAAGGACUUCCCCAAAUCGAAGAUGAAAAUGUUGCCGAAGAAAUUAGCCAUCUCGCGGUGCUAAACAGUAAUAAUUUGAUGGACAAUGUUGAUAUUUCGACAACUAAAAAUGUCGACACAAAGGAAGAAGACAUUGUUUCUCUUUCUACGGAAGAGGUAGACAAUAAUUUUGCGGCUAAAAGCAAAAAAAUGGCAGCUGUUCAUGUCUCUCCGGACAAUAACGUUACUUUUCAAGUAGCAAUCAAUAUUUCGGUAGCUCCUGCUGAAGACUCUAAUGAGAACAAAUUCAAUCUUCCUAUUUCGAAGGAAUCUCCAAAAAUUGCGGUUGAAGAUACAAAAAAAGUCGAGGAACCUGUGGUUAGCUACGCUUCGAUUCUGUCGAGAGGGAAAGCUUCGAGCGCUGGCCAAACUCGUAGAAUAGUUCCAAAUAAUUAUUUUCAAGCAGUUACUUCCCCAAGAGUCGAAAAUUCGGAUGGAGCUAGUGAUGUUAAUGAUAAAGAAUGGACCCCUUUAUCGAAAUCAGUAUCGCGCCCAAGCAAUUAUAAGUCUUUCAAGUUUUCAAAUGAUAAGAGUAUACAUGUGGGAGGAUUGCCGCUUCACAUCGAUAAAGAAAGCGUUCUGGAGGUUGUUAAACAGUUUGGACAAGUUAAAAAUGGUCUCGAUAGCGUACUCAUCUGCCGUGCCAAGAAUGGCUUUUGCUAUGGAUUCGUCGAGUUUGAAUCCGAGGAGUCAGCGCAACGCGCAGUCGAGGCGCGCCGUGUGUCGUUCGGGGAAAACAAUGUCGCGGUUAUCUCGUACAAGAAAUCGUCGAAUUAAGGAAGGAGGAUCGAUUGAAUUGAGUUAUGUGUUGCUUGAAACCUUACAAGAAUAUGAUUACUACUUAUCAUCCUUGAAUUUAUGUGUAAUGUUUGGAGCAUCGAAGAACUGUAUACUUAUUGCUUUUUGUUGUUGUGUUUGGAUUGGA